GAAGUGUGCCUUGAAGAAGUGGGUCACUCUUGUUUCCUUGGAUUUUAACGCUUGGGGUGUUGCCAAGCAAGCCAUGGGUCCCUUCGAUCCUAAAUUUGCCACCGGAGGUUUGGUGGAAAGCGUGCAGGAUUGUCUGGCCGACAAGGCUACAGCUACACUGCACCAACGCGUGGGACCCAUCUUCAGGUAUGUGCACUUUUGGAAGCUUCAGUUUGUGGUUUGCUUACCUGUGAGAGAGCAUCAGCUCUACGAUUACUUCAAGGCAAACCCGAGUGCGGCCCCGACUUCCUUCAGGCCUGCUCUAACCGUGGAGCAAGUGAAGCAACUUGAAGCCCUCGUGCUCAGCUCUUUGGCGCGGCCAAUGGAUCGAAUCGCAGCAGGGCCCUGGAUCAGAGCAUGGCUUGAGCUGCGAGAGGCCGAGGGUGCUUGGCUGAGAGCUUUGAUUCCGGGCGCGAGUGAUGCUUCCAUUGAGGUCCAGAUCGCAACCCACUCCUGCAAGAGCACACCGCUCUCCUGGUUGGCGAAGCGGGGCGUGCAGGCCGGCCCCCGGCGCACUUUAGGCUACCACGUACCGCGUAAGGACAAGUCGCUGAUCAUAUAUGCCAGGGAUUCACUAGCAGCUCCAUUACGGGAGCUGGACCGGGUCAUAGACGAGAUAGCUGCCGGUAGAUUCAAGCCGGAUCUCACUCGAAGCGGGAUGAUAGCCAAUCUUGCGGACCCGCAAGCUCCUUCUGAGCCUGAAAGGGAGGCCGACGCAGUAUCAUCGAGCUCUAGCGAGGCAUCCGAUGACGAGGAAGAGGCCCCCGUGAGUGACGAGGAGCAGGCCUUGGAGCAGAUUGCCGGUCAGUGGGGCCCCGAGCCUGGUGACGGGCCUUGGGCGCGUCACAAGCAGACUAGAUUUUUGCACAAGGUGAGAGACGAGGCGCGAGCCAAGGACAUUGGAGUUUCUGAUGAGAGCUUCGCGAAGCUUGAGGCGGAGGGACUGACAACGAUGGCAACUUUCGCCUUCUGCUGUCAUUUCAACCCGUCUGCGACAGACGAGAAACCUCUCACCGACCUGGUGACCAAGGUUCUCGGUGCUGCGCCUUCCCUUAAGGAGAUGAGUUGCUUUCGGCGUCUGUUCGCCGAGGCAUACGCAACUGUUGCAUCCGACAUCCGAUCGCAGGUGGAAGCAACAGAAGACUCAUCGAUCAAGAAACUAGCUCCAGCAGACAGGGCCGAACGUUUGCGGGAGCAGCAGUCCAGACUUAAAGGGCUUGACUUGAGGGGCAAUAUGGAGCCAGGCGACUCCUUGAUUGAUCGGGCUGUGGCGAUCUACGAAUCUGACAGACUCCAGUAUGUGGAGUGGCAGCAUUCUGUUAGCAGACAGCAUGAGCUUCUUACAGGGCUCAAGAAGGAUGCUUCGCUUACCUUGGAUUCUGCAGGCGGCCUAAAGAUUGCCAGCAAGCCCAACGUGACUCCUUGUGAUGUGUCCACUGAUAUGAUGGUUCGCUACGCCUUAGUGCGAAGGGGCCUAGCCUUUGAACAGGCGAACAUCUUGGCGUACCAUUUGCACGAUGAGUUGCUUGAAAAGUACAUGUCUUUCAGGCUUAUGGACCCUCCUCCGAAUCAUGCGCGGGUGAGCUUGAAACAGAUUGAGCAAGCUGAUCGUCAAUUCACCAUGUUGCUCGCGGAACACACCCGCGGCGGCAUCAAGGUGAAGGCAGGAGGAUCACGGCCAUGUGACGGCGCUUUCCGCAAAGUGUUUGAGAGCACUGAGUUCCUUUCAAUGCUGACUCCGAGGCCUCUUGCAGUAGGCUCAGGAGCAAGCCGCGACGCUUCCUCAGGAGAUGAGCCCCCGAUCAAGCGCCAUAAGGGCAAUGGCAAGGGCCAGGGCCGCGGGCGCGGGGGUAAGGGAGCCGGCAAGGGCUCAACCAAUGCCAGAGUCCCGGCAGAGCUCCUCGCACUCGGGUGCGUGGUAUCCACUGAUUCGGCGCCGUUGACUCAACCGAGUCCGGCCUUCCCCUCCGCUGAAUUGCCUGCGGACGGGCCUCUAGUGAUCGAGCUGUGCGCCGGGUCCGCCAUCCUCAGUCAGACAGCCGCCAGCCGCGGCUUUGCAAUCAUGCCCGUGGAUCAUGCUCACAACCGCCACACACCUAAGUGCAAGAUGGUCAAUCUGGACUUGACCCAGAGCCAUUCCUGGGAGGUCCUCAAGUUUGUCAUCAAAUCCCGUCGUGUUGCCAUGGUGUUUGCGGCUCCGCCUUGCGGCACUUGCAGUGCUGCUCGUCACUUUCGCCCGGGCCCCCCAGUGCUCCGCACCACUUCACAUCCGUGGGGUGUCCCGUGGGCCUCCACCAGAGAUUGUGUCAAGCUCAAGGCUGCCAAUGCCAUAUACAAGCAACUAUGCGCUUUUCUUGAAUUGUGCGAUCAGCACUCUGUGCCUUGGUGCGUCGAAAAUCCCACUAACAGCAUCUUCUGGGAGUUGCCAUGUCUUGCGUACCCUUUGGCUCAUGGUUUCUUCGCGCAUUGCCAGGCUUGCGCUUUCGGCAGCGAACGAGAUAAGAAAACAUCUUUCUUGUGCAGCAGCUCGGGCAUCUCUCGCAUGGCUCUGAUGUGCCCAGGCUGUAAACAACAUGCAACGUGGGGCCUUACUUCUGAUGACACCUUCGCCACAGCGGAGGAAGCAGCCUAUCCUCCGGCCAUGUGCCAAGCCUUGUGUGAUGUCUUUGAGGCGGAGGCUGCCAGGCUCAACUACGCGUUGGGCUCGGCUCAGCCACUUUUGGCCCGAGCCCAUAAGCAACCGCGAGGACGCCUACACCCACAGCUCUUGUCAGAGCACGCUGCAGUUCUAUCCCGCCUCCUGCCCCGGGCCCCGCCUCUGAAUCACAAGCGAUGUCUUACGCAGGAUGUGCACGGUGUCCCCGCGGGGAGCAAGCUCUUGCGUUCCGAAAAUAGGGGGAAUAAGGGUCUCUUCUGUGUUUUCGGGGUCUUUAGGAGCCCAGAGUCUUUCGUCAGAGAGGCCAAGCUGCUAUAUCAUCCUUUUGACUCUCUUGCGCAGUUGCCGGACUACUUGAUCAAAUCCCUGUUUGAGCAGCUGACAAAAUCCCCUGCAGAGAUCUGCAAGUUGAGACUUCUUCGUCUGCAAAAGUGGAGGGCCAGAGCGACUGAGCUGGCACCAGUCGAGCACGCUCACCGUGCCAAGAUGCAACCGUCCGUGAAGGAGAUCCUCGCCAACAAGCGGACGGCGCUACUGGAGGAGAUGGCGGCCGAAAUAGACUGGCCCGACAAGGGUCUCUUCUCUGAGAUGCGCCAAGGCUUUCGCUUGGUUGGGUGCCUGAGCCCUUCUGGUGUGUUCAGGGAAGGAGGGUACCUCGCCUCCAUCAGCGAAUCCGAGUUGAUGGAAAAUGCAGACAGCAUCAGAGCUUCUCUCCUGGCACGUGUGUCAUCCGAUCCUCUUGACGAGAACGCCGAGGAGCUGUACGAUGUAACUCUUCAGGAGGCUACCCAGAAAAAGUGGUUGGACGGGCCGAUGACCCCAGGAGACAUUGGAAAGAGAUUCGAGGCGUGGAUCCCGGUGCGCCGCUUCUGUGUUGUGCAAAAAGGACGCUUGAGACCGAUUGACGACUUCAAGGAGAAUCUUGUAAACCAAGCCUGCUCUACGAGCGAGCGAAUCGUGCUUCAGGCGAUGGACCAUCUUUUAUGGUCUCUUUCCGUGUUGUGCCACUUCUACCGGAAGCGAGGAGCAGUCGACUUUACCUUGUCCUCCGGAGAGAGACUGACAGGUCUCGUCCAUCCUGAUUGGCAGAAACCGGGGGCGAGCAUGCAAGUCGCCACCUUGGACUUGAAAUCAGCAUACAAACAACUACCGUUGAACCCUUGCGACUUCGACAAAAGUGUGGUGACCUUGAAGGAUCCCAAGACAGGAUCCAUCUCGUGCUUUGUCAUGCGCACGCUUCCAUUCGGAGCGUUGGCCUCGGUGUACCACUUUCUGCGGGUCAGUUUGCUGUUGCAUGCCCUAGGAUGCCACUUGGGAGCGUGCUGGUCAGCAUACUUCGACGACUUCCCUAUGGCGACUCACUCGCUGGUGGCCACGUCAACUUCGGCUUUAGUUAAGGGUUUCCUUAAGUUAGCGGGGUUUGACUUUGCAGAGGAGAAAUGCACCCCCUUCUCUUCGGAUGUCGAAGUCUUGGGAGUUACUCUGGAUGUGUCCCAGAGCUCGGAGGGCCUAAUCAACAUCAGGAACAAGCCGUCGCGGUGUGAGGAGCUUAAUGCAGUGAUCGAGGAAGUGCUCAGGGACAAGGCCUUAGUCCCUUGCCGACUGCCGUCCUUCAUUGGCAAGCUCCAGUUCGCCGACGGCCAAAUAUGGGGCCGAGCAGGGCGCAUGGCCAUGCACGACCUUAGGUCUUUAGGGUUUACUUCCCGGGUUCCGGUCUCCCUUGAUGCCAGCGGGAUCGAAGCGCUUAAGAUUCUUCAGCAAAGAUUGACGCAUGGAAAGCCUCGUGUCAUCCGUGCUGGGUGGAAAGAAAAGCCGAUUCUGCUGUUCACGGACGGAGCACUGGAGGAUGAUAACCUUGAUCACGGACCGGCUACUGUGGGGGCGGUCAUGUUUAAACCGAACGAGCCCAACGUUUACGCUUUCGGAUGCGAGGUGCCGGCAAACGUACUGUCUCAUUGGAGAUCCGAUGGCAAGAAACAUGUUAUAGGUCUUGUGGAGCUUUACGGCGCCAUUCUGGCUCUUCGACAUUGGCGUAAACACUUGGACGGCAACCGAGUGAUCUUGUUUGUCGACAAUUGGCCAGCACUUGAUACUCUUGUCAAAGGAGAUGCAUCCGUCGCGAUUUGGCGGGAAAUUCUUAUGAUCCUUGAAAACCCGCAGGAAGCUUCACCGUGCUAUUUAUGGAUAGCACGUGUGCCAUCCGCGUCCAACAUUGCAGACGCCCCGAGCCGUGGAUCGCUUUCCGAGCUUAGCCACUGGUCUGUACGCGUGGAGGUGCCCAGGUGUCCGCUGUCGAAAGUUGCUCUGAAGUCGAUUGUGUCUCAAGGCUAA